AAACGUGUUUUCAACGUGCUGCUCGAUUAUGCGGCUUAAGUCAGUCAGCAGAGCCUCAAAUGAUGUUUCUCAGCAUUCUGCUUACUUAGGGAUGUCGAUGAGGAAUCAGUGUAGCGGAAUAUUUCGAACCGAAAGACGUUCGAAGAAGAGAUCUCAGCAGCGUUGGUGUGACUGCACAGAAUCAGAUUCUACACCAGCCGACACAUGCUGAAGUGACAGGUGCAUCCCGCCUCGGCGGUCUCAAUGUGAUUUUCUCUUGCCAGUUGGAUCGUUCUUAUCGAAUUUUUCGGGACUGUCCUGCCGACGUGCGAUACCAGCAAGCGCAGGACCCCUGAGAGCCAUGAUAAUGUCAUGAUUCCGUGGUAAUCCUAAUCAUCGCGAGUAUGUGUCACCGGGCCGCAGGGAGACGACGCUCGGCGUCCUGAGUCUCGUCGUCACCAUCCGCUUGCCCGGGAAAACUCCGUCAUGGAGUCAGAGAGCAUCAUGAGCUCUGAAUCUAGUUCGAGUUCAGAGACGAGACCCAUGGUGCAUCAUGGCCAAUAUCUUCCGCUCACGCAAAAAUACGUUCUCGACCUUGUGCUCGCGACAUACGUUCUGUAUGUCGGCCUCCUGUGGAUACCACUAAACGAUGUAAUGAUGACUAAGAGCUGCUAUUUCGAGCUGAAGUACAACGCCUCCAUCUGUGAGUCUUUGACGAACAACUCGGCCUUCCUAAAUGAAGUACAUCGGGUCACGAAGUAUUAUGGUCUGGCUUCCAACAUUGUAGCCUCAUUACCAGCGGCCAUGAGCACCAUCAUCGCGAGCAAUUUCAUGACGCGUUCCGGAAUGAAAGUUCCGGUCAUUUGCGCGAUUGUUUGCACUGUAAUAACUUGUGCAUUGCAACUAUACUCAUUCGUGCACAUGAGCCUGCCGCUCGUGUUCAACGUUAUAUUCCAAAUUCCACAAGCGAUAGGAGGCGGACAGUUGGUUGUGAUGACCGCUGUCCAAACUCGUAUAGCUCUGACGACAUCAGCGGAAGAUCGCAAGUACAGGUACUUCUUGCUCAGGUAUCUGUUGCUGCUGUCGAAUCUCAUCGCUGUCGCCAUUGGAACGCCUCUGUACAAGCAUCACGGGCCAUUCAGCCUCGCCGUUCUUCUAAUCGGAAGCUUGCUGUUUUCUCUAAUACUCAUUGUUUUCGUUUUCCGAGAUCUGGGUGUCUAUUCGAACGAGAGCGUCUGCACAGCUCUAGCGAAUUCCGCGGACUUCAGUACUCUCCGUAAAGGACUCGACUGCUUGGAGCAGGCUCGGCCGGGUCAUGCACGAGCUCAAAUAUAUUUCAUGCUGAUCUCGUUGACGAUUGCGAACAUCCCUUACGCAGGUAAUGUCGACGGAGAAAGAAAGAAUCUGCAUUCUUGGAGAAUCGUUGCCGUUCUUGGUUGCCUCAUGACUGACGACAACACCCUCCUCCACCACAGGAACUGA